ACAAAGCAAAGUUGGCCACGUUGUAUAUAUUGCUGCCAGUUUACUUUCGAAGCACUGCCAAAUUAUUCGUUUCAAGUAAAUCAUAAAGUGAUCAUAAUGGACGGAGAUCAGAUCCGCAAGAGCAGCAGCGAUCGCGACUUGGAGUACAGUCGAUGUCGGCGCAAUGGUGUUCACUACGCCACCAUUGCCGAAUUCCUGGCCAGCCUCAACACCAAUGACACCGCCUUGGAAGGGGUUCAGCCUCGCAGGACCUUGAGCCUGGAGGAUUACCUGCAAGUCGUGCGAGGCGGCACCGAAAAACCCGCUGGAGAUGGGGACAAAACUAUCGCAACGAGAGGCGAACGAUUGCGAAAGACACCUGUUCUGGAUAUCAGCACACAAACGCAGCACUCGGACUCGAAAAUUGCAGCCAAAGCCAAGCUGAUAUCGCAGUUUACCGAGAAAAUAUGGAUAUGAAAUGCAAGUCUUAAACGUGUGAUUAAAAACAUAUUAAAA